AUGACGCUCGUGCUCCCCUUCCUUGCCUCUUCCGCCCCAUGCUGCUGCUGCUGCAAGGCACGUGUCAAUCGCCCUCGCAAACACGUCUACUUCGCAGUAAAUGCCUCUUGCUCAGCACCUGCCCCCUCUGCCGUCCACUCAUCUCGUCCCGCAACCCGACCAUCCUCGUGGCCAGACCACGCCGCUCCGAAAACCGUGCGGCUGAAGCGACAACUACGAGGGGCCCAGCUACACAAUUUAUCGUGGCCCGAUUCGCCCCUCGUACGUCAACCUGCAUGCUCGUUUAGCGCGUCCGGAAUCAGCAUCCAUCCUAUUGGCUCCUGUCAUGUGACCAUCACCGCACCACCAUGCUGCCGCCCGCUCGACACGCAUUCACCACCUGCAUGUGCAGAAGAAAUACCGAGCCCCACUGUCUCUACCAUUCUUACAUCAGAAUCUCUCGAGCCUUGUGUUUCGUUUUUUGCAAGUAAUGGUUGCUCAUGA